CCAGCCCCGGUCCGCGCGGAGCAGGAGCUAAACGGAGCCAAUCUCGGCGCCCUCACAGCGCUCCUCCCGGUUGGAGCCGGCCCUGCCCGGCAGCGGCUGCGGCGGCUGCGGCUGUGCGUCCUCCAGCGGCGGCAGCGGCGCUCGCAGCGCCCGGAUUUGCAGUGGCUGUACUUGGCCAAGUCGGAUCACUGGGACCGUUGCCUCCUUCCCAGCACAGCCCCUUUCCUGACGCUCUCAGCAGCCUCAAGUCCAGUUGUCGGCAGAGACCUCAGCAGCAGGAUGGAGCUGGAGUGAGGCGGAGGGGCUGAGCUGCUGAUCGCCCCGCGAGACGCUGGGGAUUCUCGGGCCACGGAGGCUGGACGACGUUCAUGGCUCUCGGGUAGAACCCAGCGAAACGGCCAGAAUGAAUUCUAUGGACAGGCACAUCCAACAGACCAAUGACCGACUGCAGUGCAUCAAGCAGCACUUACAGAACCCUGCCAACUUCCACAAUGCUGCCACGGAACUGCUGGACUGGUGUGGAGACCCCCGAGCCUUUCAGCGUCCUUUUGAGCAGAGCCUGAUGGGCUGUUUAACGGUGGUCAGUCGGGUGGCAGCUCAGCAAGGGUUCGACCUAGACCUUGGCUACAGACUGCUGGCUGUGUGUGCUGCGAACCGAGACAAGUUCACUCCAAAGUCUGCCGCCCUGCUGUCGUCCUGGUGCGAGGAGCUUGGCCGCCUGCUGCUGCUCCGGCAUCAGAAGAGCCGCCAGAGCGACCCCCCCGGGAAGCCACCCAUGCAGCCCUCCCUCAGCUCCAUGAGCUCCAUGAAACCCACUCUGUCACACAGUGAUGGGUCAUUCCCCUAUGACUCUGUCCCUUGGCAGCAGAACACCAACCAGCCUCCCGGCUCCCUCUCCGUGGUCACCACGGUUUGGGGAGUGACCAACACAUCCCAGAGCCAGGUCCUCGGGAACCCUAUGGCCAAUGCCAACAACCCCAUGAAUCCAGGCGGCAACCCCAUGGCGUCGGGCAUGACCACCAGCAACCCCGGCCUCAGCUCCCCGCAGUUUGCUGGUCAGCAGCAGCAGUUCUCAGCCAAGGCCGGGCCUGCUCAGCCCUACAUCCAGCAGAGCAUGUACGGCCGGCCCAACUACCCCGGCAGUGGGGGCUUUGGGGCCAGUUACCCCGGGGGUCCUAAUGCCCCUGCAGGCAUGGGCAUCCCUCCACACACCAGGCCGCCUGCUGACUUCACUCAGCCGGCAGCUGCCGCCGCAGCAGCUGCAGUGGCAGCAGCGGCUGCCACAGCCACGGCCACAGCCACGGCCACUGUGGCAGCCUUGCAGGAGACACAGAACAAGGAUAUAAACCAGUAUGGACCGGUCUGUUCCUCUUUCCAGAUGGGUCCCACCCAGGCGUAUAACAGCCAAUUCAUGAACCAGCCCGGGCCUCGGGGGCCUGCCUCCAUGGGGGGCAGCAUGAACCCUGCAAGCAUGGCGGCUGGCAUGACACCCUCGGGGAUGAGCGGCCCUCCCAUGGGUAUGAACCAGCCCCGGCCGCCCGGCAUCAGCCCUUUUGGCACACAUGGGCAGCGGAUGCCUCAGCAGACCUACCCGGGCCCCCGGCCCCAGUCCCUUCCCAUUCAGAGCAUAAAGAGGCCAUACCCAGGAGAGCCCAACUAUGGAAACCAGCAAUAUGGACCAAACAGCCAGUUUCCCACCCAGCCAGGCCAGUACCCGACCCCCAACCCCCCACGGCCACUCACCUCUCCCAGCUACCCUGGGCAAAGGAUGCCCAGCCAGCCGAACACCGGGCAGUACCCGCCCCCCACGGUCAACAUGGGGCAGUAUUACAAGCCAGAGCAGUUUAAUGGACAAAAUAACACCUUCUCGGGAAGCAGCUACAGUAACUACAGCCAGGGGAACGUCAAUAGGCCACCCAGGCCAGUUCCUGUGGCAAAUUACCCCCACUCACCUGUUCCAGGGAACCCCACGCCCCCCAUGACCCCGGGGAGCAGCAUUCCCCCAUACCUGUCUCCCAGCCAAGAUGUUAAACCACCCUUUCCACCUGACAUCAAGCCAAAUAUGAGCGCUCUGCCGCCACCCCCAGCUAACCAUAACGAUGAGCUGCGGCUCACGUUCCCCGUGCGGGAUGGUGUGGUGCUGGAGCCCUUCCGUCUGGAGCACAACCUGGCCGUCAGCAACCAUGUCUUUCACUUGCGGCCCACGGUCCACCAGACGCUGAUGUGGAGGUCUGACCUGGAGCUGCAGUUUAAGUGCUACCACCACGAGGACCGGCAGAUGAACACCAACUGGCCCGCCUCGGUGCAGGUCAGCGUGAACGCCACACCCCUCACCAUUGAGCGUGGUGACAACAAGACCUCCCACAAGCCCCUGCACCUCAAGCACGUGUGCCAGCCAGGCCGCAACACCAUCCAGAUCACCGUCACGGCUUGCUGCUGCUCCCACCUCUUCGUGCUGCAGCUGGUCCACCGGCCCUCUGUGCGCUCUGUGCUGCAAGGCCUCCUCAAGAAGCGCCUCCUGCCUGCAGAGCACUGCAUCACAAAAAUCAAGCGGAAUUUCAGCAGCGUUGCUGCCUCGUCAGGCAACACGACCCUCAAUGGGGAGGAUGGCGUGGAGCAAACCGCCAUCAAGGUGUCCCUGAAGUGCCCUAUCACAUUCCGGCGCAUCCAGCUGCCUGCUCGAGGUCAUGACUGCAAGCAUGUCCAGUGCUUUGAUCUGGAGUCAUACCUGCAGCUGAAUUGUGAGAGAGGGACCUGGAGGUGUCCCGUGUGCAAUAAAACCGCUCUGCUUGAGGGCCUGGAGGUGGAUCAGUACAUGUGGGGCAUCCUGAAUGCCAUCCAGCACUCUGAGUUUGAAGAGGUCACCAUUGACCCAACAUGCAGCUGGCGGCCGGUGCCCAUCAAGUCGGACCUACAUAUUAAAGAUGACCCCGAUGGCAUCCCCUCCAAGCGGUUCAAGACCAUGAGUCCCAGCCAGAUGAUCAUGCCCAACGUCAUGGAGAUGAUCGCGGCCCUGGGCCCUGGGCCAUCCCCCUACCCACUCCCACCUCCGCCUGGGGGCACCAACUCCAGUGACUACAGCAGCCAAGGCAAUAACUACCAGGGCCAUGGCAACUUUGACUUCCCCCAUGGGAACCCUGGCGGGACAUCCAUGAACGACUUCAUGCAUGGGCCCCCCCAGCUCUCCCACCCACCGGACAUGCCCAACAACAUGGCCACCCUCGAGAAACCCCUCAGUCACCCCAUGCAGGAGACUAUGCCACAUGCUGGCAGUUCUGACCAGCCCCAUCCCUCCAUACCACAAGGUUUGCACGUCCCACACCCCAGCAGCCAGUCAGGGCCUCCAUUACAUCACAGUGGGGCUCCUGCUGCUCCUUCCCAGCCUCCCCGGCAACCGCCACAGGCCGCUCCCGGCAACCAUCCACACAGCGACCUGACCUUUAACCCCUCCUCAGCCUUAGAGGGUCAGGCCGGAGCACAGGGAGCAUCUGACAUGCCGGAGCCUUCGCUGGAUCUCCUUCCAGAACUCACAAAUCCUGACGAGCUCCUCUCGUACCUGGACCCCCCUGACCUGCCGAGCAAUAGUAAUGAUGACCUCCUGUCUCUCUUUGAGAACAACUGAAGCCCGCCCCCCUCCGUCGGGGCCGCCCCUCCCGCUCUGUCUCCUUCCCUGUCUGUCCCACACACACUGUCCCCCAGGGAGCCCUGUCCUGAGACCGCCCCUGCUGCGAAGGGGGCGGGAAGGCGCACUGUGAAGGCUGUGUGGGGCUGCAACCUGCGCCCAGAGCAUGCCCUGAAGAUGCCCCUCCCCACGGGGAGCCGGCCCACUGAGAGGCACACACCGACGAUGGCUUCCUGGUCCCUCUGUGUGCUGGUUCCAAACGACCUCCCAGGCCCCCAAGGUUCUUCCAGUUUCUAAACUGUAACUCUGACUCCCUGCUUCCCAGCCCAGAGCCUCUUUCAAGUGACUGAGCCUGAAAGAAGCCCCCUGAGACUCAGGUGGGCUCCAAGCCUUGGAGGAGCAGUGACAGUUGGCAGGAGUGAGAACAGCCCACCCACCACCACCACCCACCACAGAAAAGCACAAACCUCUGGGAAAGAGAACUCUCUCGGGGCCUAGGUCAUCACUCUGGCCCCCUGACCUCUAAGCCAAGAUACCCUGUAAACACUCUCUCAGAAAGCAGAGAAAAAGGACAAGAAUCUGUUUGAGAGAGGGCGUGCCAUUCCUGCUUAGGGACUGGUGGGAAAGGGGCCUCCUCAGAGCCAGGACAACCCAGCAGAUGGCUCUGCCACCUUGAACUCAGGCCAGGGCCCCGCCUUGGGGCGGGGGAGGGGGCAGAGAGAGUACCCAGCCAAAAUUAUUGUGCCCUUAGUCGAGGCGGGGCAGUGCCGCCAGCUGAAUUGGAGUCAAAUAGGAACAGCAACUGAAAAUUUUGCUCCAAGCCACUCCCUGUUUUUAAGUGACAGUUUAAAGCUACAAAGUCAUCUGGAGAAAAGGAACAUUGGACUUGGACAGCAAGCAAACCACUUCUCUCCAUGUGUUUGUUCUCUUCCUUCCUCCUGCUCCCCACCCACCUCUCCCAGGCUGUUAAUGUGGGACACCCGCUUCCCUCUGUCCUAGCUCUCCUUUGUCCACCCAGACAGCAAGGUGGGGCAGUUGAAAGGCAGGGGAGGCAUGGACGCCGGCGCAUGCGUAGACUUAGGAGCAGGAAUGCCAGGCACUGGUGUCUCUCCGGCCUCUCUGCCUGUCCCUGUGUUCGAGGCCGCCCCUGGCUCCAGCCCAGGCUGUUAGCGCGUGUGCCGGGAUAUGCCCAAGAGCACCGCAUAGUGGUUCUGCAGACGCCACAGCUGGCUGCCAGCCCCUCCUUCCCUGUGUUCCUCACCCAUACUCCUGCUCGCUCAAGCGGAAGCAGCCUCUGGCUUUCCACUGCCUCACUCCGUCUCCGCUCCCAAGUCUCCCGGGUAGCGUGUGCGUCCGUGUCGUUUCAGGCUCCUCUGUGCUCCCUUCGGCCACGUGGCCUGAUGCUGUCCAGUCACUUUGGUGGCCUGUGAAUUCGUUGCGCCCCUCCCUGCUGCUGCCUGGGGCCCUCUCCCGCGCCCUGUGCCCUGCCUGCAUUCUCUGUGUCCGCCUCCCUCUGUGGCUGGUGGUCCCCAGCACUCCUGGAUUUGACCGAAACGGUGGCUCCAGCUGAUUUCCAGCCGCUGGACCAGAUGACUGGCACAAGGUUUUCUGGAGGAAAGCUGCCAUUGUCCCCCCACCCCCGCCACCUUUCCUUUGUCCUGUUGUCAAGGUUUUUUCAAACAGCGUGGUGUUCAGUAUGCAAAUCAAUUAUUUUAAGAAUUGCUUUUGUAAAUAUCUUUGUGAAUAUUUUAGUAUUGUCUUUGAUAAUAUUCAACAUUUUCAUGACCUGGUUAUAGCCUUUGCUGGUGUUUUUAAAAUACCUUGACUCAAUGACAAAGACCGAGUCCUUUUUUAAAAAAAAAAAACAACAAACAAAAACAAAAAAGCAACCAGGGCUAUUUGUACAGAUGAAGGGACAAAGAGCAAGGGCGGCUGUACCAUGAGUUAGAGGACCAGGCCGCCCACUGCUUAGAGCCAUCCCCAGUUGGCUAGUGGGGACAGACACCGGGUUAGCAUGUGGCCGUCCUUGGCCAGGGCGUGAUAGCCCCAGCAGGUGGGCGCGCUCUGUGUCAGGCCAUCCGGGAAUGUUCUGCCCCAGACAGACUGACAGAUGCCUGCCUUAGAAGUUCCUGCUUCCUGCCAAGCUACCUUUUCCCAGAAAGGCCAGGGGUCUUGUUCUGGUUCUUACCAGGGUGUCUGCUCACUGACCUAUCCACAGCUUUCUGGUGCAGGGGGUCGAUUUGCUGUCCACAGCCCGGGCUCCAAGCACCUCCCUCAGUCACCUCUGAGAAAGCCGUGGGCUCAGCACCUGAGGCAGGUUUCUUGGGGCCCCUCCCAGGCGAGCCUCCACCAGCAAGCUCUGCGAAUAGCUUUCCUGAAUCUUGGUGCCUGAAGCCGGCACUCUGGAACUGUACUCCAGCAGAGUGAUUUUGGAGCCAGGCCAGGGGGUAAGGGAGGCAUAAAGGCGUCCGGGACUGAAGCAAGCCCCAGCUGGCAACAGAUUCAGGCGAUGACAGCCUCCCCAAGCGGGUGGUUCUGAACUCCGGGCAGAUGCUUUCCUGAUCCUUUUGGACAACUAUUUGGAGCCAUAAGUAACCUCAGCAAAAACGAGGCCUCAGCAAGCCACUUCUCCAUGGCAAGCAUCCACCCAGGCCAUAGGCAUGUUUCUGCUGCCUCUGCAAGAUGGACAGGGCGCCGGUGGGCAAGCGGAAAGGCCCAGGUACAGGCAAUCACCCGUCUUGGUUUGAAGCUUUACCCAUGUACCAUGUUCCCUGUAGCCAUUUUAUUUUCUAAGAGACUUCUAAUAACUUUCUCCCUAAUGGAAGCCCCAACCCCUCAGAGAGCUACACGUCUGCUCCCUCGGCCUGACCCAUCUAGAUAGGGCAACGUCAGCAGCAGCGAUUCAAGGGACGUGUGUACAUAUGUAAAUGAGAAAUAGAGACAUGUUAACAGAUGCAUUCAUUUCCCUUGGAAUGUGUAUUGCUUUUAUUUUACAGAACAGAACAAAACAAAACAAAAAGGCUUGGAACUCCAUCCUAAUGUGGAAAAGCUAGAUCUUGUUUGUUAGCGUUUGUGAGGUCUCUCUCCACAUUUGUCUCUCAUGUAAUAUAUUCUGACACUGUGUGGAAAGGAAUUUUUGUUCUGUUUUGUUUUUAUUUUACCUACAUGUACUAUUUAGCUUCAGUGUACUAGUCCUGCCACCUGUGUAUUUUUAGGGUGCUAUGGAAAUAAUGAAAAGAAACGGAUUUCGGAAGAAAAUUGUAACCAAAUUCAUACUUUGUAUAAUUUUUGAUAUCAUGAUCGCAGGUGAUUCACACAUACAUACAUAAACACAUCCACAGUGCAGCCUGAAGUAACUCCCACAGACACCGCCAUCGUCUUUGUACAUCUACGUACAAUGCAAUCAUUUCAUACUUUAAACUGGUCAGAAAACUAAUUGUGAUUUCUAGUCUUGCAAAGCUGUAUGUAGUUAGAUGAUGUGACAACCUCUAAUAUUUAUCUAAUAAAUAUGUAUUCAGAUGAAACCUGUA